CCUCGAAACCUGCAGUCUUUCUUUAUCAUCUAUACAGUUUUCUUUUGAUAAAUAAAACAAUUUACUCAUCUAUUUAGAAAUUUUAGUUUUUCUCUAAAUAUUGCAUUCAAAAUUGCAAAUGGAAAUCAGUUCUUACCCAGUCCACCAUUAUUACAACAAUCUUCUUUCUCCAAGUUAUGGAAGACCUUUGUCAUCUUCAGUACUGUUCUCUAUGCAUAAAGGACUAUAUGUUGGAUAUUCAUCAACUGAGCGGGUAACUCUGAGAAAAUCAGCUUUUCUUGAUGCUUCUUCAUGCAUUGUAAGGAAGCAUGUGAGAGUACCAUGGGAAGAGAAGCUCAGUUGGUCACAUUUUGACUGUAAACGUAAAAAGAAUAAGCUGGCAAGAAACACAGUUGUGAGAUCUGAGCUUGUGGGAAGUGCGAUCCCUGAGUCUGCCUAUCCAUUAUCAGAAAUUAAAUUAGGGUCAAAAGUUAGGGGAAUAUGCUUUUAUGCUGUCACUGCAAUUUCUGCCAUUUUUCUGUUUAUUCUGAUGUUGGUGCAACACCCUAUUGUGCUCUUGGUGGAUCGAUAUCAAAGAAAAGCACAAUUUUUCAUUGCCAAACUCUGGGCAACGAUAACUGUAGCUCCAUUUUGUAAAAUUGAGUUUGAAGGAUUGGAGAAUCUACCUUCACCUGAUGCUCCUGCCGUGUAUGUUUCAAAUCAUCAGAGCUUUCUAGACAUAUAUGCACUUCUCACCCUUGGAAGAAGCUUUAAGUUCAUCAGCAAAACAGGGAUAUUUCUAUUUCCUAUUAUUGGGUGGGCCAUGCUUAUGAUGGGUGUUGUUCCUUUGAAGCGAAUGGAUAGCAGAAGUCAGUUGGAAUGUUUCAAAAGGUGCAUGGAUUUAGUAAAGAAAGGGGCCUCUGUAUUUUUCUUUCCUGAGGGGACGCGUAGUAUAGAUGGUAAAUUGGGCGUUUUCAAGAAAGGCGCAUUUACGGUUGCUGCAAAAACGAGAGUGCCUGUAGUCCCUAUUACUCUUGUGGGGACUGGAAAAAUCAUGCCUGUGGGAAUGGAGAGUAUCGUGAAUCCAGGGUCUGUUAAAGUUGUUAUCCACAAGCCAAUAGAAGGAAGCAAUUCUGAAAUUUUAUGCAACCAAGUCAGGAAUACAAUUGCAAGUGUGCUUGAUCAGCAAAGUUGAAAAUCAUCUUGAUGCAGUCCUGCCUGAUUCAAAAUGGCAUGAAGUGAUUAGGCUCCAAGAAAAUUUGCAUGAAACUGUCUGAAGCUUUUUCUUAAGAUUGAAACUUCUGUUUCCGCUACAUUUGGUUAUGAAGCGGCUGUUACUGAACAGAAUGCUUCCGGGCUGUGAGCCAUAGAUCUUGUUGGACUUGGUUAUGACGCAGAGCAUAAAAUCAAUCAAAAGCCGGUUACUGAUAAAACAUGAGUUCAUUUUGUCACUCUAUGGACGAAAUGAGCAUUUUGGGUUUGGCAGGAAUCUUGAGAUCAGUUCUAUGUGGCUUCAGCCUGUAGAGUUUCAUGAACAUGUAAAUAAAAAAGUUGUUUAGAAUCACAGACAUUUUGAAAAAGGACUGGAAUACACAUUAUAGGUUUUGGAUUAUAACUGAUAAUUUUGUUCAAAUAAGCUCCUCAUUUUAGUGAUGGAUGUACAGGUAAAUUUCACAUAUAUCAGAAUAUCAACUAGAUCUUUCUAGGUGUAGAUAUAGUUACACUGACAGAAAAAUAAUAGAUGUAUAUGUAUUUUUCUUAAAUGCAAAGCUUUUGUAUGGUAA